AUGAGGGUUAGGAAGCUUGGAGUGUUAACACUCGCGUUUGCUCUGAUAUUGGAACUGACGUUCGGAAAAUUCUUGGUGGAGAAGAACAAUCUGAAAGUGACGUCACCCGAAACCAUCAAAGGUGUCUACGAAUGUGCCAUUGGGAACUUCGGAAUUCCCAAAUACGGUGGAACACUUGUCGGAACCGUCGACUAUCCCAAAUCAAACCACAAGGCUUGUAAGAGCUUCAACGACUUCGAUCUCUCCUUCAAGUCCAAACCUGGUCGAUUACCAACUUUUGUUCUCAUUGAUCGAGGAGAUUGUUACUUCACUUUGAAAGCAUGGAACGCGCAGCAAGCCGGAGCAGCGGCGAUUCUUGUAGCCGAUAACAAAAUCGAGCCGUUGAUCACAAUGGACACACCUGAAGAAGACAAGGCUGAUUCAGAUUACCUCGAGAAGAUCAACAUUCCUUCAGCUUUAGUCACCAAAUCAUUAGGAGACAGCAUAAAGUCAGCUCUAUCCGACGGCAACAUGGUCAACAUGAACCUAGACUGGACAGAAUCAGUCCCACACCCCGACGAGCGCGUCGAAUACGAGCUGUGGACCAACAGCAACGACGAGUGCGGACAGAAAUGUGAUACGCAGAUUGAGUUUCUCAGGAGCUUUAAAGGAGCAGCUCAGAUUCUUGAGAAAGGAGGGUACACUCAGUUUACGCCGCAUUACAUUACUUGGUAUUGUCCUGAGGCGUUUCUGGUGAGUAAGCAGUGUAAGUCUCAGUGUAUCAAUGGUGGGAGGUACUGUGCUCCGGAUCCUGAGCAGGAUUUUAAUAAAGGGUACGAUGGGAAAGAUGUUGUUGUUCAGAAUUUAAGGCAGGCUUGUGUUUAUAGAGUUGUUAAUGAGACUGGUAAGGCUUGGAUGUGGUGGGACUAUGUGACUGAUUUUUCUCUCCGGUGUCCUAUGAAAGAGAAGAAGUAUACAAAGGAGUGUGCUGAUGAAGUUAUCAAGUCGCUUGGUAUUGAUCUCAAGAAGGUAGAUAAGUGUAUUGGAGACACUGAAGCUGAUGUGGAGAAUCCAGUUCUUAAAGCAGAGCAGGAGUCACAGAUAGGCAAAGGUACUCGUGGAGACGUGACUAUCCUCCCAACACUUGUGGUGAACAACAGGCAAUACAGAGGUAAGUUGGAGAAAGGAGCAGUGCUCAAAGCUUUAUGUGCCGGUUUUCAAGAGACAACGGAACCAGCAAUAUGUUUAACUGAAGAUCAACAAACCAAUGAGUGUUUAGAAAACAAUGGUGGGUGCUGGCAAGACAAAGAUGCUAACAUUACUGCAUGCCUGGAUACUUUUAGGGGAAGACUGUGUGAGUGCCCUACUGUUCAAGGUGUCAAAUUCGUUGGUGAUGGUUACACUCAUUGCAAAGCUUCUGGACCUAUGCACUGUGGAAUCAACAAUGGAGGAUGCUGGAGAGAAACCAGAGGUGGCUAUACAUACUCUGCUUGCCAUGAUGAUCAUUCAAGUGGCUGCAAAUGCCCACCAGGGUUUAAGGGAGAUGGAGUAAAGAGCUGUGAAGAUGUGGAUGAGUGCAAAGAGAAACUAGCUUGCCAGUGUCCUGAAUGUAAAUGCAAAAACACAUGGGGAAGUUUUGAAUGCAGCUGCGGGAAGGGUUUGCUUUACAUGCGUGAGCAUGAUACUUGCAUUGGAAAAUUUGGAGCGACGAAACUAAGCUGGAGCUCUCUGUGGAUUCUCGUACUUGCAUUAGCUGCCGCGAGUCUUUCAGCAUAUGCCAUCUACAAAUACAGAAUCAGGAGUUACAUGGACUCGGAGAUUCGGGCGAUCAUGGCACAGUACAUGCCUUUGGACAGCCAACCCAACACUACCGGACCUGAUCAUAUGGACUUUUGA